AAAUUCACUUAUACGAGACAUGUCUUUUCACUUUAUGCUUUGCACGUACGUUUUGAUAAUCAAGAAUUUUUUCUUUCUUGAUUCUCCUUAAUGACCCAUGAGACACUAAACAUAAUACUUUAGGCAUAUAUACUACUAUGUUUUUUUGUUAUUUGUUGAGAUAUACUACUAUGUUAAAUCACUAUUGAACUUAAUUCCUUCUCUCUCUUCACCAAAAAGUCAAAAUCAUCAUAGAGGAGACCUAUGGGCACUCUGAGUCUCUUCUUCUUUCUUUUUCUCCAUCAUUUUGCCCUUAGUAGUUCUACAACAUAUUUCUCUUCAAACAUUUCCAUUUGUGGGAAUCUCACCAUUAGGUACCCUUUCCAACUACAAUCCCAAAAACAUCAAGAUCAAAAUCCAGGUUAUAAUAAUUGUUUUUUCCUAAGGUGUACUGAUCAAGGCAAUGCACUACUCAAUAUUCCUUAUUCAGGAGAUUUUCUUGUACUAGAAAUCAACUAUUCCACUAAAGAAAUAAAACUCCAACAUCCCUCUAAUUGUCUUCCAAGAAAGCUCCUACAUUUUCACCUUCCUUCUUCUCCGAUUUCGGCUUCUUCUUCUCAGAACUACACCUUCUUCUUGUUAUCUGAUUUUCAUGGAGAUCUUAGACUAUCAUGGGAUGUUCAUCUUGACAAAUAUAGAGAUAGUAACAUGACAACAAGUGGAGAAACCACUCAUCUCAAUGUCCCAAGAACAGAUAAGACUUCACGUCAAGAAGCAAUCUUGAUCAUAUUCGUAGGUGUGUCCCUCAUUCUACCAUCCCUCCUCUGUUUAAUCUGCGUAACAUGUCGAAUUUUUCUCGAACUAAGGCAUCACCGCCAAGUCACGGCCGCUGCUGCUGCAGCCGCUAUGGCAAGGUUAGCACCAAUGCCAAUGAAUGUGAUAGCAGGGCUUGAUGAAUCCACGGUUCAGUCCUACCCGAAAGUGGUUUUUGGUGAAAGCCGGCACCUUCCGGGAAUUAAUGCUAUAACUUGCUCAAUAUGCUUAGCUGAGUAUAGUGCUGGAGAAACACUGAGAUGCAUACCUGAAUGUGAACAUUGCUUCCAUGCUGAAUGUGUUGAUAAAUGGUUGAAAAUGAAUAGCACUUGUCCUGUUUGUAGAAAUUCUCUUCAUUCAUGAUCUUGUGCUCUUCAUAUAUACUAUAUAGUAUAUAGUAGUUACUCUGGACUAUUGAGUCCAAAUCCUGCAUUCACGUCCUCUCCAAGUUGUGAGUUUUUCUCCCUUACUGAUGCUUUCCGAUCAACAUGAGAGCAUAUUUGAUGUAUAAUGAACUCUGUCUAUAUUAGAUUCACAACAUAUACCUGGCCCCUAGUUUAGAGUAAAGGGAUUAGCAAUAGACAGAUGAUUGGCGUAAAAAUAGUCAAACUAUGAUGAACAGUAAAGAAAAAUGAAUACAAUGGAUUCGUUAAGUUACUA